GUAUUACAGUGAACUGGACCAUUCCCAGUAGUGACAACUAUGUAACAUACUACACCAUCUCCUAUACUCCAUUUUGUUCCCAGUUAUCAUUAGUGAAUGAGACAGUCUCCGUUGGUCCUCAUCAGUCCACUACAACAUACAGUUAUACAUUAAUAGGUCUGUACAGUGGUAUGAACUAUACCAUCACAGUGAGAGCUUGUAAUGUACUAGGAGGAUCUGAUUCAAGCGUUAUACCAGCUAGGACAUCGUUCACAAUUCCUGUAGGUGUACCCACAUCUCUUCAUGUUAAUCCAAAUACUAAUAGGAUUAUGUGGAAUGAGAUCAAUUGUUCUCAACUCAGUGGUAGAUUCAUUAAAUAUAAUGUACUUAUACAGAAUGUAUAUGUAAAUGAGCUUGUGUUUGGUAGUGAGUAUAACAUCAGUGUAGCUGCUGUCAAUUCUGUUGGAAGAGGUCCCUUCAGUGAUCCUAUUUUAGUAGAGAUUGGAGCUACUACUAGCAGCAGUUGUAAUGCAUCUAAUGAUGGUGCUGCUAUUGGACUGGGGAUUUUUGUAGCUAUACUGAUGAUUCUAUUAGCUGUUAGUCUUGCUGUCAAUAUUUAUGGUUUCAUAAAGUAAGAAAACAAUGCUCC